AUGUCUUUUCAGGCCUUAGACGAAGAAUUUACUGCAGUAAAUUCAAUUUAUCCGUCUUGUUUUGUUCUUUUAGAUAAUAAUGCUAAAAUUUAUGUUCUUAGAACUCAUCAGAAACCAUAUACUAUUGUUCUUAAGUUUUCAGAAGCAUAUCCUCUUGAAAAACCAUAUAUUAUGCGAUCUAAGAAUAUCGAAAAAUCUAUUAUAGAAAAAAUUUUAGCAGAAAUUCCAUCUGGAAAUACUUGUAUUUUUGAGUUAAUAAGUUUCCUAGAAGAUUUGGAACUUACACAAAAAAAUUUUAAUAACAUAAAAGAGUAUAAAAUUAGUGUAAAUACUUCUAGUACUUUGGGAACUUCUUUUAAAGAAAAUGAAAAAAAAACAAUUUUUCAGGAUAAUAUACCAUGGGUCAUUUCAGAAAUAUUAACAUUAAAAAAAUCUAAAUUUAUUGGACGGAUGCUUAAAAUUAAAUCUUUAGAUAUGGUUCAUAGGGCUCUUGAAAGUUUACAACAUGAAAAAUCAUUAGCAAACGCAACACAUAAUAUCUGGGCAUAUAGAUUAAUAAAAGAGAAUGGAGAAAUUAUUUGUGAUAAUGAUGAUAAUGGAGAAAAAGGUGCAGGUUCAAAUUUAUCUUAUUUAUUAUCUUCUAUGGAUGUAAAGAAUGUCCUUUUAGUUGUAAGUAGAUGGUAUGGAGGAAUUAAUCUUGGUCCAGAUAGAUUUAAACUUAUUAAUUCUUGUGCAAAAGCUGCUCUAUUUCUUGGGAAUGCUAUUGAAGACUUUAAAAUAAAAAAAAAUAAAAAAAAAGUCUAA